ACAUUCAUUCUCUCAAGGUGGUACUCUUCAGCUCCCCAGCAACCCCAGCAAGAUAUCACACGCAGAUACAUUUCAAGAGAUUGCAGAUCAAUAUCAAUAAGUUUGAAGCCCACAGAGAUCUUCAGGAGGGCAAACACUAUCUUCUUUAGGAACAGAACGCAAAACCAAAAGGUCAAUCAAAUGAAUCUACUUGUGGUCUUUAUUCCUUACUACUUGAUCAGGUUAGCCAGAUGAACACAAACAUAACAGCCCACCAUGCCAAGGUAAGGCAUCAGUGCUUCUUCCUUAUCCUGUGCUUUCAUUUGGUCUAUGCUGGUGUGCCGGGUCCAUGUAAGCACUCUGUCACGCAGGACCAUCUCCGGAGUAUAAGACGUCUGAUUAAAAACCAGCUGCAAAAUGGUUGUUCAAUAGCCUACACCUUCACUGAGCGCCAGAACCUGAGUGUUGUGUGUUAUGUUAAAGCAACAUUCCCUCAUAUACUGGACCUACUUAACACACAAUUUAGAUAUGCUAAGGACUCUGACAAUUAUCGUUACACUAAUUCACUGAAGAACUUGAUCUACAACAUUUACUCCCAAAGAUGCAUUCCUCCAAUCAAUGACGAGAUUGAGGAUAACCCAGCGAAAUUUGCAAGAAUCCAUAUGACCUUGCCCAGGUCUGCUUUGGAGAAAGCUGAGGAAGUAAUUCGCAUGUACAUGAGUCUGAUGACUAAGAGUGACAAGCCUGUGGACUGGAACUGUGAGGAGGAGUACACAGAGGAUUACAUUGAAUUCACCACUCUAUCUCUCAGCCAAACACUAGGUGCAUCAGAAUGUCUGUGUACUUGCCCAACAGUAAGCCUUGGGUCAUCAAAGGCAUCUACUUCCACAAGACAAUGGAAUAUUGACUUGGAAUCUACUCCAUCUCCACAACACUCAUCCUUUUCACCUGUGGCAGCAUUGCAGAGCAGUAAUGGGAGAACUAAACAACUCAAAUCUGAAGUCAAACACCAUGGAGUAAAAUUAAUUAUUGGUACUGUACCAUUUCCAGUUUUAAAAACUCCAGAUCCUACACUAGUUCCACAGACAUCUACUACAUGGAGAUCAACGCAAGGAGAUUUAUCAGUCUUUGGUACCAAUCCGGUUUUAAUUGAAGAAACCUCAAAUUCAGCGAUGGAGCCGCAUUCAUUUACAACUUCCAAGGAAUUACCUGAUUUAUUACCUGGUAGAACUGAAUCCACUCAGUCAUCCACGUCUGGAACCAAUCAAAAAGCCAUAAGAGAUAAUGCACUGGACAGUGUAGAGAGAAGCACUGCACUUUUACUUGCCAAGAGGUCUUUAGAUUCCAAAAGCAAAGAAGGACCGUCCAGUUCCUAUAUCAAAUCGCCCCAGAACUGGGUUGCUUCAUCUCACCCAACAUUUGAUAUAAAGAGCCCUCCUACUGCAAAAGGCAAAGCUUUCCAAAUGCUUGAAAUGAGCAAACACAUUGCACCAGUCACAACCACAACUCUGUCUUCUUUGAAAACAGCUGUGCAUUCAACAGAAUGCCUGACCACCCUUGUUGAGCAACCAGGUCAUCUAAACAGUCCUCCUGAAAAUUUUCAACCGCAAAACAAAGCAUCAGUGAUGGCGCCAAGGAAUUUCAUGAAAACCAUUCAUGAGGAAAAACACAGCAAAGACAGCAGAUCUCAGGAGGACAGGCAGAUGAUGAAGGACCAGACUGCUAAAGAUCAUCCAGAGAACUCUACUAUGUCAGAAACCAACAGUGCAAUCAUUUCUUUUGGCACUGCACUUACAAUUACACUAGUGUGUGGUGGACUUCUGCUUAUAACGGUCUUAUUUUACAGAAAACAAAAAGUACAAGACCAAAGUUGCUUUUAUGGAAAAUAUCAAUGCCCAAAUUAAUGUCAGUCAAACAGCUUGUACAGAAAAAGAAGAGAACACCUUUUUCUUUCAUUUCCAAAAUGAAAAAGACACAUCAAGAGGAAUAGAAACCUAGAAGUAAUUGAAUUAAUUAUUUAUACAUUCAUAUAUAUAUAUAUAUAAAUUGAGAGGCCUUAGAGCAGGUAGCAAUUUCUCAUUUUGUAUGGACAUGUACAACAUUUUAAAGUUGUGUCUACAACCAGGAUAUUGUACUAGAACAAUUAUUGCUAUUGUAGGUGGCCCAUUGACAUGAUUUGAAAUGUUAAUUAAUAUAUUGACUCAUUCCAGUGAAAUCUUGAUUAGAAAAUAACCAACAACCUUCAGAAAAAGAAAAGAAAUAAGAAAUAAGAAAUAAUGUUCACUAUUCUUUCAUGUCAGUGCAAGAUCAUGCUUCUUGUCUUGGUAUGCAAACACACAAAUAUAUAUUUGGUGUAUAUAAAUAAAAAUGAUGUUGUCUUCAUGUCAUCAUCGGUCCGUGACCUUCAGCUCUCACUGGAUCGCUUGGCAGUCGAGUGUGAAGCAGCUGGGAUGAGGAUUAGCACCUCUAAAUCUGAGGCCAUGGUUCUCAGCAGGAAACCGAUGGAGUGCGUACUCCAGGUAGGGAAUGAGGUUUUGCCCCAAGUGAAGGAGUUCAAGUACCUCGGGGUCUUGUUCACGAGUGCGUACUCCAGGUAGGGAAUGAGGUUUUGCCCCAAGUGAAGGAGUUCAAGUACCUCGGGGUCUUGUUCACGAGUGAGGGGACAAUGGAGCGGGAGGUUGGCCGGAGAAUCGGGGCAGCGGGGGCGGUAUUGCACUCGCUCUAUCGCACCGUUGUCACGAAAAGAGAGCUUAGCCAAAAGGCAAAGCUCUCUAUCUACCGGUCAAUCUUUGUUCCUACCCUCACCUAUGGUCAUUUACAUUUAUGCAUUUGGCAGACACUUUUAUUCAAAGCAACUUACAGUGCACUUAUUACAAGGACAAUCCCUCCGGAGCAACCUGGAGUUAAGUGCCUUGCUCAAGGGCCCAACAGUGGCAUCUUGGUGGUGCUGGGGCUUGAACCCCCGACCUUCUGGUCAGUAACCCUGAGCCUCAACCACUGAGCCACCACUGCCCACUGGUCACCACUGGUCAUGAAGGUUGGGUCAUGACCGAAAGAACUAGGUCGCGAGUACAAGCGGCCGAAAUGGGCUUCCUCAGAAGGGUGGCGGGCUUCUCCCUUAGAGAUAGGGUGAGGAGCUUAGUCAUCCGUGAGGAGCUCGGAGUAGAGCCGCUGCUCCUUUGCGGCGAAAGGAGUCAGUUGAGGUGGUUUGGGCAUCUGGUAAGGAUGCCCCCUGGCCGCCUCCCUAGGGAGGUGUUUCAGGCACGUCCAGCUGGGAGGAGGCCUCGGGGAAGACCCAGGACUAGGUGGAGAGAUUACAUCUCCACACUGGCCUGGGAACGCCUCGGGGUCCCCCAGUCAGAGCUGGUUAAUGUGGCUCGGGAUAGGGAAGUUUGGGGCCCCCUGCUGGAGCAGCUGCCCCCACGACCCGACUUUGGAUAAGCGGUUGAAGAUGGAUGGAUUGAUGGAUAAAUAAAAAUAUAAAUGUAUUGUACAUACAGGGAGGGAGGGAUAAAGCCCUAUUCUAAAUACUGACUUAACUUUAUAAGCAAAUAGUAAAUGUAAUGAUUUGGCACAUAUUGAUGAUAGGAAUCUACUUGGUUUUAUUGUAAGAUUUUUUUUUUAAAGAUUUACGCAUUUCAAUUUAAAAGUUAAAUAGAGAAAUCCAUUUAACUUUUUGUUAUGAAAUGAAAAUGUUUAAAUCUUAAAAAUAGGCUAAAAUAUAUGUUUUUAGUUUAACAGCAAUAUAUUUUGUGCUUUCUUAAAGUAUAUUUUUAAAAUGCUUAGCAACAGUCAACAUUAACAAUGUUUUUGUCAUUAAA